AUGAAUGAGGAGCGGGAGGGGGCGGCCGCGCUGCCCGGAAUGGGCCGGCGGUGCCUGGCGGCGAGCCGAGCCGGGCCGAGCCGGGCGGGGCGCGGGAGGGCGCCGGGAGCGUUACAAGAAGCCGCGCAGUUCCAGGAACCCGAGGGCGGGCUCUGCGCCCGCUAUAAGAGGCCUCCCCGGGCCGCCCCGGCAGCUCCGCCGCCGCGCACCGAGCCCGCGCCCCGCCGCCGGCCCCGGCUCCGCGCCCCAGGUGAUGGUGUAGCAGCCGCUGCCGCCGGCAGCAGCAGCCCGCGCGCGAAGCUGGCUCCCUGCGCCAUGGUCACCCACAGCAAGCUCCCCGCCGGGAUGAGCCGUCCCCUGGACACCAGCCUGCGCCUGAAGACGUUCAGCUCCAAGAGCGAGUACCAGCUGGUGGUGAACACCGUGCGCAAGCUGCAGGAGAGCGGCUUCUACUGGAGCACGGUGACGGGCGGCGAGGCCAACCUGCUGCUGAGCGCCGAGCCCGCCGGCACCUUCCUCAUCCGCGACAGCUCCGACCAGCGGCACUUCUUCACGCUCAGCGUCAAGACGGAGUCGGGCACCAAGAACCUGCGCAUCCAGUGCGAGGGCGGCAGCUUCUCGCUGCAGAGCGACCCGCGCAGCAGCCAGCCCGUGCCCCGCUUCGACUGCGUGCUCAAGCUGGUGCACCACUACAUGCCCCCCGCCCCCCGCGCCGUGCCCGAGCAGCCGGGGGCCGCCCUGCACCCCAGGCGCGCCUACUACAUCUACUCGGGCGGCGAGAAGAUCCCGCUGGUGCUCAGCCGCCCGCUCUCCUCCAGCGUGUCCUCCCUGCAGCACCUCUGCCGCAAGACCGUCAACGGGCACCUGGACUCCUACGAGAAGCUGACCCAGCUGCCGGCGCCCAUCAAGGAGUUCCUGGACCAGUACGACGCCCCCCUCUAAGGGGCCGCGGGGGGGUCACACGACAAGCACAAGGGCGGGGGACAGGCACAACCGCCCACCGGAGCGGGAACUCGCAGGGCGCCAGGAGCCUCUCCCUCCGGGAGGAGCGAGGAGGCGGAUGGACGGAUGGAUGGACGGACGGAGGGACGGACGGACGGAGGGACGGAGAGCCGCGGGGACCCCGGGGCGCUGCCUGCGCCGGGGGGGCUCCCCGAGGAGGCGCGACGCCCGCUCUGCGCGGGGGAAGGAGACCGCUAGGGCCGGACCGUGGAUGUUACAGCGCGCCCGGCCCGGUGGCCGCCCCGCCGCGGCUGGGGACGGCAGGGCACCCGCAGCGGCACCCCAGGGGCCGGGCGGCCGCGGAGCAGCACGGCGAGGCGUGCUCCCACCCGCCCCAGCCCGGCGUUGCGCUGGCGACAGCCCUCUUCUGCCGCCAGAGAAUAAAAAGCACUGGAAUCCAGCUAGUGCCUGACCGCUUUUCCUCCGUUUUAAGGGGAAAGUGUUUUUUGCCUGUACCGUAAUUUACCUCUUGCUGCCUCCUUGUGGGUGGAAGCUCCUUUCGCACCAGGCCCCGGACUCGGCGGUCGCUGCCUUUCUCCCCCUCGCUGCCGUUUUCCAGGGGACUAAGCCUUAAAAUUCUCCCUGUCCCGCGCUCUGGGUUACUGCACACUCGGUGACGCCGGGUAACGCUCCCGGCAACGAGCCGCGAAUCCGGAGGGGAAACAGCGAGUCCCGACGCCAGCGAGUCCCGCGCGACCACGCGGGCGACGUCGCUGCUGGACCGUCAUUCCCGAGCGUCGCCCCCGCCUCUCCCAGCGGACGCCGACCCUGUCCCUGCCGGCGGCCGGGACCCUGGCGCUUCGGGCCGCCCGCGGGAACGCAGCGACGGGAGCAUCCCCGGGGACGCACCGCCUCGCCAGCGCUCCUCUGCCCGCCUGGAGAAGCAGUUGGGUUUUUCUGCUUUUUUUUUCUUUUUUUAACCAAAAGGGAUGUUUACAGGCCUACAUGAAUCACUGUCUUUUAUAAAGAUUCCAUCUUCACCUCCAGCCUCGAGGGCUGAGCAAAACCAUGCUUGAAAAGUUCAACCAAAACGAAACUCAGAUGAAACUUUGCACAUAUUUAUAUUUAUAUUCAGAAAGGAAAUGUUUCCAUAAUUUAUAAUAAAGAGCACUAUUUUUUAAUGAA